AUGGAAGGUCCGAAAAUAUUCAUCACUGGAGCCACGGGGUACAUUGGCGGAAACGUAUUGAGCAAAGUUGUCGAGACUCACCCCGAGUUUCAGAUAACUGCGCUUAUGAGAAAUGCUACCAGCGACUUUACUUCCAGAUAUCCCAACGUUAGUAUUGUCCAAGGUACCUUCGAUGACUUUGAAGUCAUAGAAAAUGCGGCCCAGGACGCCGAAAUUGUCAUCCAUACCGGCGAUAUUGACCACCCCGGCUGCGCAAAAGCAAUCUUGUCUGGGCUGGCCAGGAAAACGUCCAAAAGCUUUCUCAUUCAUCUAACAGGCACUGCUUGCAUCUCAGAUAUGAAUGAGCAGUCUUGGGAAGGUAAAGUCAAUGAGCACAUCUGGGAUGACGUUCAGGACAUAGAUGAGAUCUACAACCUCCCCGAGACCGCGUGGCACCACGCCAUUGAUCAGUGGAUCACGGAUGCCAGCAACGACAAGGUCAAGACGUUGACCAUUUGCCCCCCAGAUCUGUAUGGCCAGAGCACCACAGUCGGUGGCAGGACGACAUACUUGGUGCCCGAAUAUGUGGCUGCAAUUAUGAAAUACAAGGAGGCGUUCUAUCUAGGCGAGGGACAAAACGUGAGAGCUGUUACGCACAUCGAUGACCUUACGGAGCUUUUUGUCCUCGUUCUGGAAAAGUAUCUGGAGGGAGGUCAAGAUCUACAGUAUGGUAGAGAGGGCUUCUACUUUGCGACCGCGGACGAGGUGGCCUGGAAGUCGACCGCAGAAGCCAUAAACAAGAUCGGCCAGGAGCAGGGUUGGUUGCCUGCUGGCACCCGAACAGUGUCUUGGACCAAGGAACAGCUGGCUGCGGUGCUUCCCGACCGGUCUGCGCUGACAUUAUAUAUCUGGGGUUCCAACAGCAGGGCCAGGUCGACAAGGGCUAAGAAGCUAGGAUGGAAGCCGCAUGGGCCUAGUUUUUGGGAGACGCUGCCCCAGGAUUGCCAGGUAGCUGCAAACAAGCAGCCGUUUUCUGCCUUGGGUAUAGUAUAA